UCGGCUCAUCGGCCACCAAAAAUCGUUCCGUUUGGUCAGUAAAAUCAAAAAUGGCAUUUAGAAGCGUGAUUAAGACACUUAAAAAUAAAAAUAUUGUCACAUUUUUGCCAACAUCAGUGAAACCGAUUCCUUCUAAAUACUUUUCUCAUUCACAUGAUUAUUUAACAAGAUGUAUUAAAAAGUCAAAUGGUUUUGUAAACCAGAAGUUAUAUACAACUGCAUCUUCAUCUGUUGAAGAAGAAGACAAAGUUAAAGAUGAAACCCAUGUUAUAACAGAUUCAGAAACAAUACAAGGGCCAAAAGUUAAACACGAGUUUCUUGCAGAAACAAGACAGCUGUUAGAUAUUGUUGCUAAAUCUCUCUAUUCGGAAAAAGAGGUAUUUAUACGUGAAAUUGUUUCUAAUGCUUCUGAUGCAUUAGAAAAACUACGCCAUUUACUUCUUACAGGUGCUACGGUAUCUGAUGCUGAUUUGCCACAAGAAAUUCAUUUAACAACAGAUGAAGACAAGGGAUUGUUUAUUAUUCAAGACUUUGGUGUUGGAAUGAAAAAAAAUGAACUUAUUGAAAACUUAGGAACUAUUGCAAGAUCAGGUUCAAAAUCGUUUGUUCAAUCAGCUUCAUCUAAUGUUUCGACUCAAAAUAUAAUUGGUCAGUUUGGAGUCGGUUUUUAUUCAACUUUUAUGGUUGGUUCUAAGAUCGAUGUUUACACAAAAUCAUAUGAGCUAAACAGUCCUGGCUAUCUGUGGACGUCAGACGGCUCAGGUACAUAUGAAAUUGCAGAAGCUGAUGGAGUAUCACGUGGUACAAAAGUUAUUAUUCACUUAAAAGAGACUGAAAAACGGUUUUCAUUGAAAUCCACUGUUGAAGAUAUAAUUAGGCGUUACAGUAACUUUGUUGGAUUUCCCAUAUAUUUGAAUGGUACUUUGUUGAACAAUGUUCAGGCGCUAUGGACAAAACCUGAGCGUGAUGUCACAGAUGAUGAGCAUAAAGAAUUUUACCAAUUUAUUUCUAACACUUCAGAUACACCCAGAUACUCACUGAUGUACAAAGCAGAUGCUCCAUUAAACAUUCGUAGUGUUUUUUAUGUACCUUCAAACAUACCUGAAAUGUUUGGUUUUGGUCGUAUGGAAUCUGGAGUUAGCCUUUAUAGUAGAAAAAUUCUUAUCCAAUCCAAAUCUCCAAAGUUGUUACCAGAUUGGCUUCGUUUUAUGCGUGGAGUUGUUGACAGUGAGGAUAUUCCAUUAAAUUUGAGCCGUGAGCUACUUCAAGACAGUGCUUUAUUGCAUAAACUGAGUGAAGUUUUAGUUGCAAAAUUACUGCGCUUUUUUAUUGAGCAGUCAAAAAAAGAUUCAGAAAAAUUUAACAAGUUUUAUAAGGAGUGUGGUAAUUUUUUCAGGGAAGGAGUUGUAACAACUCAAUCAUCAAGUCAAAAAGAAGAAAUUUCAAAAUUGCUGCGCUUUGAAUCAUCAAAAGGACGUCCCGGAGAAUUUAAGUCUUUAACUGAUUAUUUAGCAGAUAUGAAAGAAAAUCAAAAGGAAAUAUUUUUUCUUUGUACUCCAAGUCGUGAGUUAGCUGAAUCAUCACCUUAUUUUGAGGCAUUAAAAGCUCAAAAUGUAGAGGUUUUAUUUACUUACGAUGAAAAUGAUGAAGUUGUCCUUGCAUCUCUUAAAGAGUUUCAAAACAAAAAUAUAAUAUCUGCUGAAAACUUUUUAAUGAAAAAUGAAUCCGCUACUGAAGUCAAUGAACAAGUAGAAGAUAAAAAUAGUUUAUCACAAACAGAAGCAUCAGAACUUUUGGAUUGGAUUCAAAAAGUACUUGGAAAAUCUAAAGUUCCUAAUAUUAGGGUAUCUAAGAGACUUAUAACACAUCCUGCAAUGAUUACUGUUCCAGAUAUGGGUUCAGCUCGAAGAUGGCUUAAAUUUGUGAAGUCAGGUCCAAACGCAGAGCUUCUAAAUAUGAAAUAUGAUAUUUUACAGCCUACUUUUGAGAUAAAUACUAGUCAUGAGUUAGUACAGUCUAUUCAUAAACUAAAAAGUAUUAACCCAAUGUUGGCUGAGCUUUUUGUAUAUCAGUUGUUUGACAAUUCUUUAAUAAAUGCUGGUCUUAUGGAAGAUACAAGAGAAAUGGUUGGUCGAUCAAAUACACUUUUAUCAAAAGUGUCAUCACGCCUCAUAAUAGAAGAAAACAAGCUUAAAAAUGCAAACAACGUGAAUGAUUAACUUUGAUAAAACCUUAGUAUGUAAUUAUUUUAACAAGAUUUUAUAAAUAAAAAACUUUUUCGUAAUAA